AUGGUCUACGGGAAAUCUCUACAGAUCACUGGUGUAGAAGCUUGGGAAGUGGCUCAGCCCAACUACCAGCUGGGCGAGAUUGGAGACUUGAAUAACGUUCGUUUUACGGGCUACUUGAUCCUCGUCUUUGCUGUCUUCAUCAUCUUUGGCGGCAUCAAGUAUGUUUCGCGCUUGGGAACCUUGUUCCUCAUGGUCGUCUUGUUCGUGAUUCUUUGCAUGUAUGUGGGAUGUUUGAUGGGUCCAACCGAUGGCCGGCCAGCCACUUACACGGUGCCUAUCGUGGCCGAAAAUGGUACGACCUAUCAGAAGACACUGACGUGGACAGGUCCUUCCGCGGCCUCCUUCGAGGACAACUUGAGGUCGGCUUGGGAUGCUCCCCAACUUGCCUUCCCCAAGGAUACCACGGAGUACAGCUUUGUGAACAUGAUGGGCCUUUAUUUCCCCUCAGUCACGGGCAUCAUGGCGGGUGCCAACCGAUCGGCUGACCUUGCAGAUCCCACCAAGGCCAUCCCAAAAGGGACUCUUUUUGCCCAACUCUUCACCACGUUCAUCUACCUGUCCUUCAUUUUUGUCUUCGGAAGCGUUGCUCCACGAGAGACAUUGUUGAAUGACAAGUUCUUUGCCUCCACAUCGGCUUUCCCCGUUAAGGAGGUGGUGAUCUAUGGUGUGAUGGCCUCAAGUCUGGGAGCAGGCCUGAACUCCUUAGUCUCAGGAACCAAACUGCUGAGUGCCAUUGCGGGCGAUGGCACGCUACCAAUUUUGCGCGUUUUCAAGGCGACUCCUGGAAAAGAGCCACGACUUGCUCUUUUGGCAAGCGGUGCGCUUUGUGCUCUUUCCAUUACCAUUGGUGAGCUGAACGCAAUUGCUCCACUGCUGACCAUGUUCUUUCUCAUGUGCUACACAUGUGUCAACAUGUCAUGUACGAUCCUGCACUUUGUGAGCGACCCGAACUGGCGACCCACCUUCCGCUAUCAUCACUGGUCCAUCUCCUUGAUUGCUGCUGCGCUGUGCGUUUGGAUGAUGUUUGCUAUGGCGGCAGUCAUCGCUAUGGCUGCGAUCGCCUUUUGCAGCAUCAUUUUGGCCUAUGCUGCUUACAACUCGGCCAAUACCAAGUGGGGGGAUGGCUUCCAAGGAAUGAAGUUUCAGCUUGCCAAGAAUAUUCUCAUCAGUAUGGAUGCCAAGUUGCACACCAAGAACUGGCGGCCACAGUUGCUUGUGGUGACCGAGCCCAAGAUGAGGUCGCUCAGCAGCUAUGAAGGAUCUGCAUUGGUCUUUCCCGACUUGGGGAUCUUGAAGACAGCGUCACAGCUCAAGAACGGCCGUGGCUUCAUCGUGCUGGGCAGCAUCGUCACGGGCGGAAAGGGAAAGACUUUGUCUCAGGGAGGCCUCUUUUUGAGUGAGAGGAUGGCAGACCAGGUGGCUGAGGGCAAUGCGGAGGUGAAGGAUUUGCUCAGGAAGUACAUGAUCGAUGGCUUUGGGAAAGUGGUCUACUCGGACGACUUUGCCAACGCCCUGGCGGAUUUGGUUCAGUCCGGUGGCAUGGGCGCCUUCGAGCCGAAUUGCUUGUUGGCCUCGUGGCCCAAAGACGCCCUGGCGCUCGGCCGCGAAGGCGUAGAACGCCGAUCCAAGCUGGUCAACAUGGUUCAGAUUUCGGCCAUCUUUCAAAAAGUGAUGAUUCUGACCAAAGGCCUGGAGUGGCCUGAGUUCGAGGAGCGCCUCACAGGCAACAUUGACAUUUGGUGGAUUGUUGGAGAUGGGGGUGUCCUCCUGUUGCUGCCGAGCUUGCUGAAGAAGCACCGCGUUUGGUCUGGCUGUCACAUCCGUCUCUUCGUCUUGGCAGACAGGGCCGGAGAUGAUGUCGACCAGAUGCAGCAUGAGCUGGACACGUACGUGCGCGACUUUCGGCUACAAAUUGAGGUCUUCAUCAAGGUGGUGGAUGAUGUGGUGGAAGGCGUCUCUAGAAACGAUUCUCACUUUGUACACCCUCCACCUGAUGAUCCAGUGCCAAGUGAGUUUGACCUUGAGACUGGGGCCUUCCAGAAUGACAUGCCCAAGCGCAUCACCAGCGGCCAAAGCCUGCAGGCGAUGAAGUGGCUGACGGCGAAAGUAGAGGCACAUUUGGAGCGCAUCCUUCAGUCGAACAUGGAUGCCUCUGCGGCCUCUGAUCGACGGAUCCGCGAUGCGCUGCAACUUUGGAGUGUUCUGGACCUACAGCAGGAGCUGUGCGAGGAAAAAGGUGCGGCCGCGAUGCCUACCGCAUUGACUGCUGAGCAUGGGAGUCCACCAAAGGAUUGGCCUUUUGUGCCGUUUGCCGUGCGAGCCGCAUGGACAGUUCGGGCGAACACCCGCGACCGUGCCAGUGGGUCGGACCAUUUGUCAGAACGGCCUGAAAGACGCGAGGCGCAAGGGAACUCUGCCUCGGUGCCUGCUUUGGCGCCUCCAGGACAAUCUCUGGUCUUGGCCGUCCCUGAAGCAGGUUAUGGAUCGGGUGUGAAGGAGGAACCAUUCGACAUGCCUGGAUCAAUGGUCCCACUCCUCUUUCAAGGUGAAGGCGCACCAGUUUUGCCGGUGCCAGUUCCCAUGGCACCGCCGGUCUUGCCUGCCUUUCCGACCGCCCUGCCUCCGGUCUUGCCGCGACCGCUACCGUUGCCCAUCCCGGUGCCAUCGACCGCGACCGCUCCGGUGCUGCCGGCACCGCCCGUGGCGCCCGUGGCACCGCCCGUGGCCGCACCAGUGCCGGUGACCGCUUUGGUGGCGCCUCCUAGGGUGGUGCCACCCAAGUAUGGGUCUGUGGGCUUCAGCAAGUCGACUGCGCCAGUCUUCGCCAAGCGACCAGGACCGGGAAUCGCCACCACGGGGGUGAAGUUGGAAGAAGAUUUGCCGCUGGCAUCGAAGAGUGCAGCACUUCCUUCACGACCUGUUGCUGUCCACGGGGAGAAAGUGGAGACACUCGAGCGAGGCCUUGGCGUGCAGAGGAGCUUUGGAGUGGUGGAGCCACCACUUGUGAUGAAGUCCGAGCAGCUCUGGGCGCCGCCAGUCGCUUCAAGCGGCAAAGGCAAAGGCUGGAAGAGGCGAGGCAAAGUUCUCGAGGACGCAUUUGCGCGGCCUGUGAAGCGCAGGACAUGA